AUGGCGAGGCCCAAGUCCACGCCCGCCCCGGCCGCCGCCGCCGCCGCCGCCGCUCCCAUGAGCGCAAUCGCGGCUCGAAAGGCCAGGCACGCCGCCGCCGCCGCCGCAGUCGCAGCAGCAAAGGCGGGAACCCAGGACGGUAGCGCAGAAGCCUCACCCGCACGCGCGACGCGCUCCAGGACCAACUCCAACCCAAAGCCCCCCGCCGCCACCACUCCCUCGACCUCUUCCUCUUCGUCAAAGGCUACGCCAAAGUCCAGGGCAAAGGCCGAGCAGACUGCGCCCGCCAGCGCCGCUUCCAAGAAGGCUGCACCGGCACCCACCCCCCUCAGGACCAGGAGGGCUUCGAUGGCAGCAGAGGCCGCCAACGGAGCCAACGGCUCCUCGCCCUCCACCCCCUCCAAGGUCUUCCUCACCGGCACCGACCCCCAGGUCGUCAUCCCCCUGCCGAGCCCCGCUUCACGCCUCACCCCGGCCACCAAGCAGACGCCCCUCAAGACGUCGGCCAAGACGUCGGCCAGGAAAAAGGCGGCCGCCACGCCCGAGACGCCCGCCGCCUCGACGUCGGCAGCCGUCGUAGUCCGCACCCGCACACCCGCCUCGGCCACCCGCACGCGCCGCCGCGCCUCGGUCAGCUCGCGCAGCAGCCCGCAGCAGGUCCAGGUCACGACCGCCAGGGCCUCGUCGCGCGCAAAGCCCUCUCCUCGCACCCCGGCCGCCGCCACAACCAGCGCGGCCCGCACCACCACGGCUCGCGCCCGCACCACCUCUUCUGCCAGAAAGCGCAAGGCCAGGCCGGCCGCCGCAGAAGAAGAGGACGAGGACGAGGAGCAGGAGCAGGACGAGGACGAGGACGAGGAGGAAGAUGAGGAGGAGGAAGAGGAUGUCGACAGGAUCGUGUCCGAGCUCCGUGGCCACGGCGAAGACGACGACGAAGAGCAAGAGGCCAUCGAGGAGGUGCAGCGACAGGCGCGCAGGUCCAACAAGCGACGCAAGGCCUCGGAGCCCGACAAGUCAAAGUCGCGCCAGCAGCGGAUGUCGCCCGACCUCGACUCGCCCACCAAAAAGGCGUCGUCGAGAUACUUUGCUGGCGCCGCCGACGACGGCGCGACAAAGAAGGGCAGGCGCGCGGCCGCCCACAGCAAGUUCUCGGAAGAGGAGGGCGAGGGCGACGAGGAGGAGGCGGAGCAGGGAGAAGAGGAUGGUGACGUCGAGAUGGGCGUCGCAUCGGACGAAGAGGCCGCGGGCAAACGGGCCACCCGCACGCGCAGCUCCACAAGGGCCAAGGCCGCCGCGCGCAGCCCAGUCAAGCCCAAGGAGCGGGCGAGGAGACCCCGAGCCGCAGCUCAGGCGGCGGACGACUCUGGCUUUGUCGCAUUCGACGACGUCCAGAGCGAGGGCGCCGAGACUCCGGCAGAGGACGAGGACGAGGAGAUGGGCCAGGAAGAGGCGCAGGAUCAAGAGCUGGCAGCCGACGUCUCCAGUGACGAGGACGACGAGCGCAGCUCCGAACUCGACGAGGACGAGAUCGCGACGCCCUCCAAGUACGCCGCGGGCAAGGGUAAGACGGCCGCAGCGCUCCUCGUCGACGAGCAGGCGUCGGGCGCCACGACGCCCGUGCUGGGCCAGUCGAUCGCCGUGCUGAUGGGCGACAGGAGGGCGGCCAGCCUGGCCGCCAAGAAGCCCACCAUCCCCUACAGCCGCUUCGUGCCCAUCACCGGCGGCGCCGAGACCAACUACAUGGUCGACAUGAUCAACGAGCGACCCGAGGCCAUCACCUUUGGUCUCAACCAGGGCGAGAGCCUCGCCUUUGUCGGCAUCGCCAGAGUCAUCGUGCUCAAGGGCAAGCUGCGCGUCGGCGCGGCGACCCUCUCCGACGUCGGCGACGCCACGUCGAUCGAUGUCUUUGCUCCCGCCGGCUACCCGAUCCCGGCGCUCGAGGCGCUCGGAGCGAGCGGAUCCGACAGGACCAUCGCGCUCGCCGAGGGCCUCGACUGCGAUGGCUUCUCGGUGAUUGUGAGGGUCGAGGAGCUGCGCUCCGACAUCCAGAGCAUCGGCCGGGCGUGCCCCGUCUCCGGCCUCGAGCCCUUUGCGCUGUCGAGCAGGGUCAAGGUGGCCGAGCUGCCAUGCCCCUCGACGUUCCAGAUGCUUAUUGCGCCCGCAGACGACGACGAGUCGAGCGCCGGCGCGUCCGCCUGGGCGCCCGCCGCCAAUGCAUCGCUCGCCGCGCUCGAGACGCCGGCCAACUGGACCGGCGCGCUGGAUCACCUGGCAGGCGAGGUGGUCGCGUCCAAGCCGGACCUCGACGACCCCGUCGUGGCGCUCGUCCGCGGCGCCAAGAAGGUGGGCAAGUCGACGUUUGUCAAGAUGGCCAUCAACGCGAUACUGGCUGCUUCGGGCGGCAAAGGCAUUGAUGAUGCGGCGACGACGGCCGCCACCACCAAGGUGGCCCUGCUCGACCUCGACCUCGGCCAGUCCGAGUACGGCCCGCCGGGCUCGGUGGUGCUGCACGUCUUUGAGCAGCGGGACCUCGCGCACGGACCGGGCUGGUGCCUGCCGCGCGCCGCGGCCAGGUCGCACUUUGUCGGCGACACGAGCCCCAAGGACGACCCGGCUAGCUACGUCCAGGCGAUCGAGGAGCUCGUCGGCUGGUACCGCGCCGAGGUGCAGCGCGAUGCCGCCACCGGCCAGCUGACGCCGCUCGUGGUCAACACGCAGGGCUGGGUCAAGGGCCUGGGCGCCGACCUCGGCAUGCGCAUCGAGACGCUCCUCUGCCCCACGCACGUCUACGAGCUCGUGGCGCCGGUCGAGGGCCGCCCGCCGCUGUCGCAGACCUAUCGCGGCGAGGCCUACAUCGACCCGUACGGCGCCAUCCUCGCCCAGGGCCCGAGCGUGACGACGCUGUCGGGUGCCGCCUCGGCGUUUGUGGCGGCGACGGGCGCGGGCAGCGGCAACGGAGCCACGUCGAGCACAGGCAGCAACAUGAUCUCGUCGUCCAACACACGCCUCUCGGCGGCCGACGCGAGGACCAUGAGCCUCGUUUCGUGGUUCCACGCCACUGAGCUGGCCAGCGCCGGCGGACCCGCGCGUACGCAGUGGAACUUUGGCCGCCCGGUGCUGGCCAUUGAGCCGCUGGUGAUUGACGUGGCUGCGGGUCUCAGGGGCGGGCUGCACGUCCUGCCGUUUGGCUCGUCGGUCCCCGACACCCUCAAGCUGAGCGCGCUCAACGGCAGCAUCGUCUCGGUCGUCUCCGUGCCGCUACUGCCCACGCCCUCCUCGACGACGGCAGCCACGGCAGAGUCGGGCAGCGGCGGUGACAACCAGGCAGGCUCGACGACGUCGGUGUGGCAGCACGCCUUUGGCCUCCCGCGCCCCUCGCCAUCGACGGGAGCGGUCUCGUUGGGCCUGGCGCUGGUCCGCUCCGUCGACCCGGCUGGAGGCGCUGUGCACAUCGUCACGCCCCUCGCUGUCUCGACGCUAGCCGCCGCCGCCGCCGCGCCCGGGCGCGGGCUGGCGCUGGUCAAGGGGGCGAUCGACCUGCCCGUCUGGCUGUCGCUCGACUUUGACGCCGUCCAGCAGGCGAGGGAAGGCACGCUCGACGGCGAGGGCACCGUGGCGGGCGUCGAAAAGGAGCAGGUGCCCUUCCUCGAGUGGCCGCGCAACGAGGCCGAGUCCGAGGGCGUGGUGGGCACAAAGAAGAGGAGGGUGAGGAAGAACCUCAUGAGGCGCGCCCAGAUGUAG